GUUGAAAAUCAAUUGAAGCACACAUAUCUACCCUUUUUACGCUAGAGAGAGAAAGGCGACAGAGAGAAGAAACAAGAAAAAGAAUCAGAUAUUUUUGUUAUCGCAUAUCUCUGCAACUUAGGGUUUCCAUUAGCUUCCUUCGUCGUCGACGUAUCUAGGGUUCGUAUCCUCUACUUUCCUCUCUCCCCCCCUUUGCUUUCGUCUUUUCACGCCUGCAUUCGGCCGUCUUCUCUGCUUCUCGUGUGUUUUUAUGUUCUUUCUGGAGACAUUUGUUUCAAAUUUUGAGCUUUUUAAGGAACUUCCUGUUAUUUCGCUAUUUGGUUGACUUCACACGACAGAUCGUAUUGAGUCUUUCCAGGUUUUUUUAAUCCGAAAGAAGAUACCUUUUCUCCAGAUAAAUGCUGUGUGCUUCUGACGAGAAUUCCGGAGAUUUGAAACGUUUUUUUUGCCAUUGAUUAGAAAAUUCUAAGUGGUUUAAGUUGGCUGAAGAUUCCCUGAUUCUUUUGUGGGAGAACGGUGAAAUCUUGUUUGGCUAUGCGGACUUCAUGGGCCGAUUCUGUUGCCGCAUCUGAGAAUGCUGCGGCUGGAGCUUCUGCUAACAAUGGGGUUGUUGGUUCAAAUUCCGGUCUUCAACGUUCUGCAUAUGUUCCUCCUCACCUCCGCAAUCGAACACCUUCUUCUGAGCCUGUACAAACAUCUGUAACAGGUUAUGGUGGCCCGACAUCUGGACCAGAUCGUUCAGGAUAUGGUGGUCCUUCAGGUGGGGGCCGUUUUGGGAUGCCUAGGAGUGAUUAUGGGCGAUCUGGUUAUGGUGGUGGCGGCGGCGGCGGGGGUCGCGGUGGUGGUGGUGGUUGGAACAACAGAAGCAGUGGCUGGGAUCGGGGCAAGGAGCGGGAAGUUAACCCUUUUGAAAAUGAUGAUGAUGAUAAUAAUGCAGAAGCUGAUGUUUCUGGGGAUCAAAACACUGGAAUAAAUUUCGAUGCAUAUGAAGAUAUUCCUGUGGAAACUAGUGGUGAUAAUGUUCCUCCGCCUGUGAAUACCUUUGCAGAGAUAGACCUGGGUGAUGCACUUAAUGACAAUAUACGUCGGUGCAAAUAUGUGAAACCAACACCAGUCCAGCGUCAUGCAAUACCAAUCUCACUUGGAGGUCGAGAUCUGAUGGCUUGUGCCCAGACUGGCUCAGGCAAGACGGCUGCUUUCUGUUUCCCUAUUAUUUGUGGAAUCAUGAAUAGUCAGGAUGCAAAUAGACGGCCUCGUGGUCGAGUUGCAUUCCCUCUUGCUCUUAUUCUAUCUCCCACCAGAGAGCUUUCCAUGCAAAUUCAUGACGAAGCUAGGAAAUUUGCUUUUCAAACUGGUGUUAAGGUAGUGGUUGCAUACGGGGGAGCACCUAUUAAUCAACAGCUCCGGGAAUUGGAGAGAGGCGUUGAUAUACUUGUUGCAACACCUGGGCGGCUGGUGGAUUUGUUGGAGAGGGCUAGAGUUUCGUUAGAGAUGAUACACUAUUUAGCUUUGGAUGAGGCAGAUAGAAUGUUAGACAUGGGUUUCGAGCCUCAAAUAAGGAAAAUUGUUGAACAGAUGGAUAUGCCCCCACCAGGUGCUAGACAAACGAUGCUUUUCAGUGCUACAUUUCCCAAAGAGAUACAGAGGCUGGCUUCAGACUUUCUUUCAAACUACAUAUUUCUGGCUGUUGGAAGAGUUGGUUCCAGUACUGAUUUGAUCGUCCAAAGAGUUGAAUUUGUUCAUGAGACUGACAAGAGAAGCCAUCUUAUGGACCUUCUACAUGCACAGAGGGCUAAUGGUGUCCAAGUGAAGCAAUCUCUAACUCUGGUGUUUGUGGAGACAAAGAAAGGAGCCGAUUCAUUAGAACACUGGUUGUACAUGAAUGGUUUUCCUGCUACUACUAUUCAUGGUGACAGAUCACAACAGGAAAGGGAACAGGCUCUGAGAUCGUUCAAAACUGGCAUCACUCCAAUUCUUGUUGCCACAGAUGUAGCAGCUCGAGGACUGGACAUACCCCAUGUGGCUCACGUGGUUAACUUUGACCUUCCAAACGACAUUGAUGAUUAUGUCCAUCGCAUAGGACGAACAGGGCGUGCUGGGAAGACUGGUCUUGCCACUGCCUUCUUCAACGAAAACAACUCCUCAUUGGCAAGAUCAUUGUCCGACCUAAUGCAAGAGGCUAAUCAAGAAGUUCCAGCUUGGCUUGCACGCUAUGCUGUCAGGUCCAAUUUUGGAGGGAAGAAUCGCCGCCAGGGUGGAGGAGGAGGUCGGUUUGGCGGCCGUGAUUUUCGAAGGGACUCUGGUUUCAACCGUGGUGGUAGUGGUGGUUCUGAUUACUACGGUGGUGGUGGUGGUGGUGGUGGUAGUUCAGGUGGGUAUGGAAGUUCCGGUGGGUAUGGGGCUUCCGGCGGUGGUGGUGGGUACGGUGGAGGAGUAGGUGGUGGUGGGUACGGUGGAGGAGGUCCUGGGGUUACCAGUGCUUGGGACUAAUGUGCAUUUCCUUUAUUGUCUCUCAGAAAAUAUAGCUGUUCUUCUUUGAUAGCUAAUUUGCUGCCUCUCACUCAGUCUUUGAUAGUGGUUAAGUUUUGUUUGGUUUUUAUAUAUUUAUUUUAUUAACAAGAAGGUUUUAGAUCCCCUUUGGCUGGCUGUGUAACCCUAGACAAAUGUUGCAUCAUUAUCAUCUUUGGGGAUGAAUGUUUGGGUUGAAAAUUAUUAUUAACUAACACCUUGAGGAUAAAAGAGCUCAUUUUGAAAGGUGUUACUUUGGACUAUUUUACAAC